AUGGAAUGGACGAAUCCGUCGCUUCGAGAGUCCGCCGAAUACACUCCGGCGACGGCGGCAUUCAUGACACAAGGUCAAAACACCGUCAUUCAAUAUCUGACACAGAGCGCGAGAAAUGCGACAAUUCUCGCGAUGGAGUAUCAAUGUCAAAGCGUCAUCAACAGUUGCAGUUUUCAGGGUGUUCAAAUGUCGUCAUUCGAUUGUUGCCGAAAUCUCAUCGCCUAUGUGCCGACGAUCAAAGGCCUCUGCUUCACGUGGCGCGACGCCAACAUGUGGCAGAAUUCGACGGGCAUCAAUCGGCGAUUUGAGAUGACGCGAAAUUUUCAAUUUUUCGCCUAA